AUGGGUUCCAUCGUUCUGCCUCAUCUCCAGACAGCCUGGCACGUCGACCAGGCUAUUCUCUCCGAGGAGGAGAGACUCGUGGUUAUUCGAUUCGGCCGCGACCAUGACCCAGACUGUAUCCGUCAAGAUGAGCUCCUCUACAAGAUCGCCGAACGAGUGAAGAACUUCGCCGUCAUCUACCUCUGCGACGUUGACCAGGUCCCCGAUUUCAAUACCAUGUACGAGCUCUACGACCGAAUGACGAUCAUGUUCUUUUACCGCAACAAGCACAUGAUGUGCGAUUUCGGUACUGGUAACAACAACAAGUUGAACUGGGUGCUGGAGGACAAGCAGGAGUUGAUCGAUAUUAUCGAGACCAUCUACAAGGGUGCAAAGAAGGGCCGCGGUCUGGUCGUUAGUCCCAAGGGUAUGUUCUACUUCCCCUGCACUUAUUGGCUGAACUCUACUAACGGGUAUGGACUUGUGCAGAUUACUCGACAAGAUACCGGUACUAGGCAAGGCUUAUUUGACAACAUUGGCGAAUAUGGCGAUGCGCGGCGUGUGCUUACAGACACAUCAUUCAUGAAUUUUACGAUUACGAUUGGUAGAAAAAAUGGGGAAUGA